AUGAAUGCAGCUCCGGACAGCCAGGCCGUUCAAUUGCCGGAAGCCGUGAUAAAUUGGCUGUUUAAUGUCAUUCAACCGAUAUAUCAAGAUCCGAGAGGAUGUUUUCAUGAUUCAGUCGUAGCGUUGAGUCGAUUUAAGCAAUUGAGGCCGAGAACAAGAGUAUACACAGAUUCGAGCGGUACAUCUGAAUUACUUCUUUGCAUUUACGGUAAUCUUUGCAAUGACUCAUCGCUGCCCGUGUUGAUAUGGAUACCUAGAAGUUACCGAAUUGAGCAUCCUUUGAUUUACGUCGAUCUAGAAACGCUUGCUGGCGCACCUCAUGCACUUGAGCAAUAUGUGACAGCUAAUGGUGAGAUCCACUUACCGGUCCUAGAACAAUGGAACGCUGAAACGAAUAACAUCUCAGAUAUUGUGGAAAAUCUUAUUAAUCUUGCAGCACCAGCGGCGGAUGAAGUUACUAAUGCUUCGAUCUCUCCACCUCCUCGGCCACUCCCAGAGAGUUUGGCUCCACAUGUGCCACCAAGACCACCGCGACCUCCCAGACCAUUUGAUUCGAGUGCGGCCGCUAGUAGGGAGAUGUCACCAAGGCCUCCAAAAAUCCCCAUUAGAGAAGAUCCUUUAGUCAAUCGACCAUCACAUACUGCUCCUCCUCAGAUUCCCGAAAGACCGCCUCUCACAUACUCCGCAAACCUUCUAGAUUCUGAGCUAGGUGCUAAACAUGACUUAAGGCACAAGAAGGCGCUAGAGAAUUUACAAAGAACACUCAACGAAUUGACUUUACACGAUUCACAUAGCGUACAGCAAAAUAUCGAAGCUCGUAAAUUGGCUAUCGAAGCUGCCAUCAAGCAGUUUGAGCUCACAUUAGAUUACGAAAAGGCAUCGCUCCAGAGAACUUUCAAAGCAAUUGAAAACACGACAACAGUCCUCAGUCGAGAGACACAAAAUAUAGAACUACAGGCAGAACAAGUGCAAAAGUAUGAAGAAAUACACGGCGAAACACCGGAUCCUUCUUCUCUGAUGGCUACAGAGAACGCCGUGUUGAAUCAGCUGUACGAAUUGGUCGCCAAGGAUUGUGCUCUGACCGAUGCAGUACAUACCCUGGGACGCUUACUUAAUGCUGGUAAGAUCAAGCUCGAUAUAUUUGUUAAAAAGACUCGAGGACUGGCACGACAACAAUUCCUCAUAAGAAUGCAUAUGCAAAAGGUAAUAAAUUCUUUGGGGUAA